AAAAUCAUAGUUGUCAAAGUCUACGUCAAACACUUUGCGGUUGUGAUAACUGAUAAUCGUCGCCGUCGGUUUCAUAGUAAACAUACCUACAGUUUAAUUAUUUUCGGGAGUAUCGUAACGCAAACCCAUCAACAUAUUAAGGAUUUUCAGGAGCAGCUGCGUGAUGUGGAGGAGCAGCAUUUGGUGCAGGAAGAGCGGUACUUACGACUGGUGGGUCUGGAAGGCCACACAGACCUAUGGCACAACACCUCUGUCCCUGUCAUAGUAACACAUACCCGUAACGAGGAUCAUGCUACUGUAAUUGAUUUCAUUCUGUCAGCUGCGCGCCUCCCGUACACUGUGCUUAUAUAUAAUUUAGGUCUUAAGCCCUAUUCUCUGGCUGUGAUAACUAACUACUGCAAUUCAUCUAAAUGUGCCAUCAUUGACUUUGAUCUGGAACUGUUUCCUUCUCAUGUUAGUGAUGAGAGCAUCACAGCGUAUCGGCCGCUAAUCAUUCAGCAUGCUCUAAGCAGAGUGGGAGGCGUGAUAUACUGCGAGCCUUCACAGCGCUGGGCGGGUAGCGCCUCCGACCUGGCAGCGCUGUGGGGUCGAGUGACGAGCGCGGGGGAAGGCGCUCCCGGCUCCCUCGGCCUGCUGGCUUGGGCUCGGCGGACGGCCGUCACCUCCCUGACUCAUCCUCGCAUGUUCCACUACCUGCACGCGGACAUCGACGACUUCCUCUUCGUCCAGAUGCUGGACGCUUCUCGGCUGCUGGUGGCUGCGCGGCCCGGCGUCGCGGACGUCAUGCGUCAGUGGAUCGAGUGCGCGCUCACGUCGGACUGUAUCAUGCCCAUCGGCGCUCAGUCGGCCGGCUGUCGGUUCGACAAGAAGCCGCAGUACCGAUACUCGGGCUGCCACGGACAGGACGCCUCCGCGCUCAGCAUCAUACUCGGCUCCCGCGCCGGAUAUGAAGAGGCGCGCGCUAUGCGGCGCGGGACGGAUCCCGCGUGUGGCGUCGCGGGGGGCGAGGCGAGGCGACCAACGCUACCGAUGGACCGCCUUCAUCGGAAGCUCUCACCUCGCGUCCCGAACGCGGUUAGCGGUCGGAAGACAGACGCCCGGGCGCUCCGGAGACCGGUGAUCACCAGAACGACUGACUUGUAACUAUCGGGGAUUAAACUUACGAUAAAGUGUUCUAUUGGCCUUCAUUGUUUUAUACGAGACUUGGGUUCAGUUUCUACGAUAGGUCUCGAUGCAACACGCAUUCUGUAUGCGCUAAGGAACCGCUUCGAAGACGCCUCCGUUGAAAUGUAAUGUUUUGAUAUAAUUUGGAAGUAUUAUAUUUUGUUACGUAUUUAUUUAGUGCUUUAUAACGAGAUCUCUUGUAUUAAUUUACGAACGCGUACCGUGCGCGGUGUGACCACUGACAGCGCCGUCAGAGCCGCCGGCCGCGGCCGGACUGAUCCGCGUAUUGAAUGUGAUGAAACAGUGAUUUUUUAUAUAAAUAUUUUAUAUUGUGAUAUUUGCGUUUGUGUUGUAACUCGUAGCGCGUCGGAUGGCUGUGGCCCAUUACUUAAUUACUCUUAACAUUCUGUUAAACGCAAAUUUUCCUUGUGACUCGAUACAUAUCUUACUUCGUUACACUACAAAUUACAAUCUUUUCUUAUUUUUAAUGUACAUUUUGUACCGGUUGUUGAAAAUAUUUAUUGAUUAAAUUGUAAAUAAUACGUUAUAAUGAAACACCACGGGCGUUUCUUGUGAGUUUACGUGCGUCGUAAGCCGAUGGUUUUUUUUAAUAGAUUUUAUAAUGUGGUCCGUUCAUUGGUAGACAUAUACUUGAUAUAUAAGUGGCGUUUGUAUACAUUGUAUUGGAUAUUCUUUUAAACAUGUCAUUCUGUCGGUUAUCGGACGAUCCUUCCGCUGUCAACAUAGCACUCUCGUUGCACACUUCUAGUCAAAUGCGUUCAAUAUAAUUUUAGGUAAAUCUAAAAGUGUUAAAUGUAACGUACAUAAGCAUUUAAUGUUUUAAAUUGUCUUUAAUGUCAAUUUUGUGUGCGAUGUGCACAUUUAGUAGAGGGGAUCACCGUGAUGUAACAAUGGGAGAGGCAUUAGUUAAGGUCGGGUACCUACCAUAAGAAUAUUUACUCAUGUCAUGAGAUGCUUAGCAAUUAUUAAUUUAUUUUGUAUAUUUAUAAACAAACUAGUAGAUAAUUUAAAUAUAAUCCUGUAACAUUACGCUGCUCCUUAAAUCAGUUGAUGUCGGACUGCAUUCUAGCAGGCGAUAAUUGACUGGUAACAAAUGUAUACCGAGGAGACUUCGCAUCCAUUACAAGUUUUGCAUAAUAUUAUAAAUUAAUUUUUUUGAGCUCAUGAACUCGGAACCUGUCGGGUAGCUGGUAUUAUAAUACUGUUUAUAUAUUUGCUAUAAAAUAUUCUUCAACCUAAGUUAGUGAAAUGGAUCUUGAUCUGUUAGCCGAGACCAAUGUUAUAUAAAUCUUAUCUUCUAGAACAAAACUGGCCCUGUACUGUACUUGAGUCCACUUACAUCACAACAACGUUUGGCUUAUACAAUGUUUGAUGUACAAAUACUUCUUGCCUCGUAGGAGUAACCCGUUAUCCUAAUAGGAUUACUGUAAAUAACAAUAUUUAAGUCAAUUUGAUAGUACAUUUUACAACAUGUAAUUUCGAUUGUGAAAUUUCUAUAGUUGAAAUUUAAUAACAUUUUAAAAUUAGUAUUUCAAAUGUUGUUAGUUGGAAUAAAUCUAAAAGCUUCAUCUGCAUAAUAAAUGAUCAUUGCGACGAUCAAACUUUGUUUUAUUUAAUAGAAUAUAGAAAUCCGCAUUUAAAACGACAAUAUCAUAAUUCGUCAUACAUUUACAUAAAUACAAACAUUUUUAAAUGACAAUUGGCGUAAAAUAUCACUUAAUAUACUUAUAACACUACUUAUUAAAAUAUAUAAACAAUACACAGGAACAUUAAUAUAUUGCAAGCCUACAUGUGUCGUCGGACUAGUUACAUUUCCUUCUCAGAUUAAUAACACUAUAGGGAUAUUAUUAAACACAACUUUAACUAACUCAAAAGUAUAGACGAAACCAAUUACUAAGCGAAUGUUUGUGUCACAAAAACGGCCUUUGUCUGGUGCUGCCAUUAUAAAAGUAAAAGCAAUUUUAAUUACUUUUAAACAGAAGUUAAGGAUGGAGAAGUAGGCCGUCCGCUCGUUUGCCACUUUUCACAAAAAAUUAUAAUUGUGAAAUAAGAAAAUCAAUCUGUCAGUAUAAGAUAAAUUGAGUAAAUUUUAAAAAAUCGCUUGUGAGCCUUUGUUUUAAAUCUUUUUAAAUCAUUAUCGAUAUAAUAUGUCAAAUCUUACAACCUUUUUUCCCGAGAACUAGUUAAAGUGGUAUUUACUGAGUAAAAGAUCUUUUUAUAAAGUCUACAUAAGGAUCUUAAUUUUUCAGCUGUUUAUUUUAGCGUAAGUAAUUAUUAAAAAUGCUAUACUAUAGUAAAGGAACGUCGUAGCGAUUUAUCUUUCGACAGCCAUUAAAUCGCACCUAGUGCGUUAAUAAAGAUUUUUCUAAGACUUAAAAAGUGCUUCAGUGCUAAUCACAUAUUCAAAUCAGUUUUAAUUAUUUAUAUGAUUUGUA